CCUCAACCCCUCAGCUUAUCACCAAACACAAAACCCUAAAUUAGAACCAGCGGAGUAGCUCCAAGCAGGUCAACGAUGAACGCUUCAACACCAAACCUCCUAGAGGAAGCCCUCGCCGGCGACGAAAGCCUUUCCAGUCCCACAAGGCGCGGCCGAGUGGUGGUGAUCGAGGACUGCGUGGAGACUAACGGCGGAUUCCUGCUCCACCACUUCAUCAAACGCGCUCUCUCUCCCACCUCAUCCGACGUCGUCGUUUUUCUGGCACUGGCGCAGCCUUUCUCGCACUACGACCGCAUUCUCCGCAAAAUGGGUUGCAACUUAGGUGUACAUAGGGAUAGUAAAAGAUUCAUAUUUCUGGACGUGCUCAUGAUGGAGUUUACAGAUGGAGGGGAAUCUAUUGAAAAUGGACUGCUUGCUUUAUAUGGAAAAAUACAGAAAGCAGUGGAAGCUUCUUAUACGUCCACAGGCUCUAGAAACAUAACCGUCAUGAUUGAUGAUGUAUCGCAGAUUGAAGUAGCUGUCAAUGGCUCAUCAAAUCAUGUAUUAGAUUUUCUGCAUUAUUGCUACACUUUGACAACAGAGUUUGGUUGUUCGCUUGUGACCCUUAAUCAUGAAGACAUCUAUUUGAGCUCAGAUAAGCCCGGACUGAUUCUGCAAAUGGAACACCUGGCAGAUGUGGUGAUAAAGACAGAACCUUUGACGACCGGAUUGGCAACUGAUGUGCAUGGACAGUUGACAGUUAUAAAUAGGGCAGUAAGUUCUGGCUCAAGAAGCGUUAGGGCCAAAGUCCAUAAUUUCCACUUCCAAGUUAAGGAAAGUGUUGUAGAGUACUUUUAUCCCGGGAGUCGGAAUUGAAGUAAUGACAAAUUUGCCAAUUGAGUUUAGUCAGGGGGGUCGUCGGUGGCGGGAUUCCGAUCAAUUUACAGUAGGUACUAGGUAAUAUAACUAUCUGUUGUGUUUAACCCAAUAUUUUAUGUAUCAAAGUUGGUCCCAGAAUUAUAAAUCCAUCAUACAUAUGAAAGAUGUUUCCUAGUUUGAAUAGUAGUAGUAGGUAUGUUUUUUUCUGCAAGCAUGCAUGUUAGUGUUUCAACAUGUAAGAUUUUAGUUUUAUUACCCGUUUGCUUUGGGAGAACAUUUACGGAGAUUAAUGGACGAAUGAUGAUUGAAUUAGAAAAACUCUCCCGUCUAAUUAAACAGAAAAUUACUUACGGGUGGCGCGAGUUUUGUCGAAAUAACUCUCAGAUGUCUGAAUGGUUAAGAGAUUUGUCUCUGAAUGGUUAAGUAUUAUACAGAGUCUGAAUGGUUAAGACCUCUUAUCUGAAUUGAUCAGACAUUUGCCUCUGAAUAGUUAAGCAAUAUACUAGCUCUUAAUGGUUCAGACCUCUUACUGGUUCAGCACUUAAUGGUUCAGACUGUUUGUUUCAGCCUCUUAAUGGUUCAGAUGUCUGAAUGGUUAAGAGAUUUGUCUCUGAAUGGUUAAGUAUUAUACAGAGUCUGAAUGGUUAAGACCUCUUAUCUGAAUUGAUCAGACAUUUGCCUCUGAAUAGUUAAGCAAUAUACUAGCUCUUAAUGGUUCAGACCUCUUACUGGUUCAGCACUUAAUGGUUU